AUGGAGGCGGCGGCGGCGGCCCCGGCCCCGGGCGGCGGCCCCGGUACCCUGCUGCUCUGCCUGGCCCUUGCCUCCGGUUUGGCAUUCUUCAGCUGCGUGGGCGCCGACGCCAACGUCACCGCCGGGCACAGCACCGAGGGGCUCACCUGUGACACGGUCAAGGGCUGCACGGGGAAUGGGACGCAGCUGCGGCGGCAGGGCCACUUCUCCCGGUGCCCGGAGGAGUACAAGCACUACUGUGUCAAGGGGAGGUGCCGCUUCCUCGUGGCCGAGCAGGCGCCGGCCUGUGUGUGCGAGCGAGGCUACACCGGGGCUCGCUGCGAGAGGGUGGAUCUGUUCUACCUGCGAGGGGACCAGGGCCAGAUCGUCAUCAUCUCCCUGAUCGCCGCCAUUGUCACCCUCAUCAUCCUCAUCAUCGGCAUCUGCAUCUGCAGUCACCACUGUCGGAGGCAGCGUAGGAAGAGAAAGGCAGAAGAGAUGGAGACGCUGAACAAGGACUCACCUUCCCGAAGCGAGGACGUGCGGGAGACGGGCAUCGCGUGAAGGCGCUCCCGGUACCUGCGGGCGGGUCCCGGGCUGCAGCACCGGCUGGCUCGAUGGGCGAGGGCUAAACCGUGCAGGCGGCUUGAAUAAAGGGGUGUCGGAAAGGUG